AGAAUACAGUCAUCUAGUGAGGCUGGUGAAUCUCAAAAUGGAUGUAUUUAUCACUGUAUACUGUGUGAUAUUUGGAAUUAUCUGGACAGUGAGAGGAGAUUCGCUCGAGUCCCUUGUUCACAGUGCGGUAUUUAAAGAUUAUAAUACCUGCAUUAGGCCUGUCCAAAACUCCUCAUUACCAGUUACGGUCGAAAUCAGCUUAGUACUUCAAAGCAUGUACGAUGUGGAAGAAAAACACCAGACAUUAUACUCGUCUGUUGGAAUCGAAUUGACAUGGGUUGAUGAAUUUGUAUCGUGGAAUUCUACACACUUUAACAAUGUCGACACGAUCAUUGUCCCAUUGAAAUCAAUUUGGAGACCUGACAUCUGCAUAGAAAAUGACUUAUCUGAUAACAAAUGCUUGAGUGCGGAGUCAGUAGUACAAGUGAGUUCAGAAGGCCAAAUAAACUGGCGGUUAACUAAAGAACUGAGAACUGGCUGUGAAAUAGACAUAACAAAGUAUCCAUUUGACAGACAGACCUGUGAAAUACGAGUCGGUACUCUGUACUCUACCGACCAGCAAAUCCGAUUUCGGACCAAACAAGUUUCGACAACCUCAUAUCGCUUCAAGGAAAGUGGUGAAUGGAAGCUAAUGGGGGAAAACUUUGAAAGAGUCCAAUAUACAUAUGCUCAAAAGAAGUUUACCUAUGUCAAAGUUAAGUACGAUUUAGAGCGUCUGGCUUCGUUCCACGUUAAUACUAUGAUUAUACCCCUUAUAAUUCUGUCAUGCCUUAAUCUAGCUUGCUAUUGUAUUCCUUUUGACUGUGGAGAAAAAGUGUCAGCAUCCAUUGAAGUGUUUCUGGCCUUUGCUUUCGUCUUGAUUGCGAUAAAUGAUGAAAUUCCAACAACUUCAAGACACAUCUUCACUUUUGGGCUGUUGAUGUCUUCACAUUUAAUUUUCAGUGCAUUGUCGGUAAUAAUUAAUACUUUCUUGUCCUAUUUAUACCACCACAAUUCGGAUAUGCCAGUGUCUACAUUUUUCCAUUUAUUGUACUCAACAAUUCAUGAGUUCCGAAUGCCAGGAAAACGGAACAAGCAUAUUGAAGUUAAAGAAACGAGUAUAUAUGAUGAACCUCAAAGACUCUCUAGGCGUACCAAUAGAUCCAGGGAAAGUGGAAGACACAAUAAGAGAAAUUCCACGCGAACCACGGCUUCAUCAAUCCGUUCGAGUUAUUCUGUUUGUUCUCACGCAUAUAAUGUUGACUGGACUAUAUUUGCCAUUGAACUUGAGAGGAAAGCAUUUAUUGUAAUGUUGAUUCUGAAUAUCUUAAGCUAUCUUAUAUUUCUAAUCGUUGUUUUUAGCUAGAAA